AUGGGCAUCACGAACGCGCAUCAACGGUGCCACGGUCCAGGACGCAGCCGCAGAGCCGCCGCAGAACAGCUGGGCCGCCGUGGAGCUCCCCAGUAUGCCCUGCUGGCAACCGCCGCAGCCAUCUGCUUGCUGGAGCCCUCUAGCAGAGACGCGUGCAGCAAGCCUGCGGGCGACUGUGGCCAAACGGCGCUGUUUGGCUUUGGCCGCAUGACGUUGGCCGCGCUCCACUGCUGGCUGCAAGAGCUGCCAUCGCCCAGCGUUUUUGCGCCUCAAAGGAAUUCACUCCACCGACUAGCGACACGCCAGUCCCUCACCCUCCACGCCUGCGGUGCCUCUACGAAGUAA